AUGGCAAAUCCAAUGCUGGAUCGACUUGAGCAGCAGCUUGGUAACCUCAUGACUGUGGUUGAAGGCUUUAUGAAGAAGAUGGAAGAAAAUAAUGAGAGGAUUCAAGAAAAAUUGUCUGCAUUGAUUGCCAAAUUUGACAAUGGUUCAGCCGAUAACAACGAUGAACUUCAUUACUACGAGCCACCACAAAUGGUGCUACCGCCAUAUCCCAUGCUAUCACUAUAUUUCCAGCCACCACUAGAUUUCCAACCAACCGAAGACGUCAACAACCUUGUCAAACCACAAGAUCCAUCUCACCAUGUUGAAGUCUUUCCACUAACAAUAAAGUCCUCAUGCCGCAACCACUUGAAACCAGCCGAACGACUUCUAUGGAUGCAAACAAAGAUGAUGGAUCAAAAAAACAAGACCUGUGUGUUGAGAAUCGAUACACACCGGUCACAAUUCUGGUUGUGUUUGAUGACCACCAUGCUUGCAAAUGUGGAAGUGCAUCAGCAGAGAGAACGACCACCUAGGAAGAGGAUGAAAGGCCAAAGACGAAAGAAUGCAAAAAUGGGGGGCAACAUUGGAAGAAAAGAAUUUCUAGACCUUGAGGACAAGGUCUCCUUAAGGGGGAAGGAAUGUUACGGAAGUAACAUAGGGAUAAAAGGCGAAGAUACUCGCAAAACUUUCACUGCCCAUCUAUAUGCAGCUCUAUGUCGGAACGGAAUCAACACUUUCAUCGAUGACAACAAGCUUAGAAGCGGAGAGGAAAUUUCACCGGCACUUGUCAAAGCCAUUGAAGAGUCAGAGAUUUCAAUCAUUGUAUUCUCUAAAAACUACACAUCAUCUGGAUGGUGCUUAGACGAGCUAAUGACGAUCCUCAACUGUAGAAAAACAAGAGGGCAACAGGUUCUACCGUUGUUCUACGACGUAGAUCCGUCGGAAGUACGAAAUCAAACUAAUAUUGUUGGAGAAGCGUUCGCUAAACUUGAAGAAAAGUUCAAGGAUGAUGAAAUGAAGGUAAAGGGGUGGAAGGCAGCCAUAACAGACAUGGCCAAUUUGUCUGGAAGGCCUUUGGGGAACAGGAAUGAACCUGAAUUUAUUCAAGAAAUCAUUGAAUGGGUGAAUUUGAUAUUAGUAAAAAAGACAUACUUUCAAGUUGCCCAAUAUCCCGUUGGAAUAGAGUCUCGUGUACAAGAUGUGAAGUCGCUUUUAGAUAUAGAGAAGAAUUACAGUACAUGCAUGGUAGGGAUCUUCGGAAUUGGGGGAAUUGGUAAGACAACUAUUGCUAAAGCUAUCUACAACUCAAUUGCUUAUGAGUUUGAUGGUAGUUGUUUUCUUGGAGACAUUAGAGAAACUUCUGGCCAAAUUGGCGGUCUGAUUUGUUUGCAAAAUGAACUUCUUUCUAAGAUCCUAGAAGACUCAAGUAUAAAGGUUUAUAAUGUUGAUCAAGGAAUUACUUUGAUAAAGCAAAGGCUUCACCGUCUAAAAGUACUCAUAGUUCUUGAUGAUGUGGAUCAUUCAAACCAAUUAGAACAUAUAGUUGGAAAAGGUGAUUGGUUUGGUUUAGGAAGUAGAAUCAUCAUAACAACAAGAGAUAAACAUUUACUAACUAAGCAUCAAGUUUUAACCUACGAGGCGCAGGAAUUGGGUCACUAUGAAGCUCUUCGGCUCUUUAGUUGGCAUGCCUUCAAUAAAGACAAGCCUGAUGAUGAUUAUGUUGAAAUCACAAAAGAUGCAAUAUCUUAUACUCGAGGAUUGCCACUAGCUUUAACAGUUCUAGGCUCGGCCCUAAAAGGAGAGGAUAUAGAAUAUGUCACAAAAAUGAUAGUCAGUACUCGUGGUACUCACUCAUAUAGUGGCAUUGAAGAGCUAAAGGAUAAGUGUCUCAUAAAUGAGUCUUAUUACAAUUCAUUGGUGAUGCAUGACUUACUGCAAGAAAUGGGUAAAGAAAUUGUUCGACAAGAAUCACCCGAAGAACCUGGCAAGCGCAGUAGAUUGUGGUUUCAUGAAGAUGUCCGUCAUGUUCUAGAAGAAAAUACGAAUAUUUUCCUUGACAUCGCAUGCUUCUUCAAAGGAGAGGAUAUAGAAUAUGUCACAAAAAUGAUAGUUAGUACUCGUGGUUCUCGCUCAUAUAGUGGCAUUGAAGAACUAAAGGAUAAGUGUCUCGUAAAUGAGUCGCAUUACAAUUCAUUGGUGAUGCAUGACCUACUGCAAGAAAUGGGUAAAGAAAUUGUUCGACAAGAAUUACCCGAAGAACCUGGCAAGCACAGUAGAUUGUGGUUUCAUGAAGAUGGUCGUCAUGUUCUACAAGAAAAUACGGGAACAAGUAAAGUUGAUGGCAUAUUGAUAGAUUUGCCUAAACCAGACUUGAUACACUUGAGUCCCAAAGCCUUCAAGAAGAUGAAAAGGCUCCGAAUGUUUAUAAACCGUAAUGCAAACUUUUCUGAAGAGCCUAAUUUUCUCUUCAAUGAGUUAAGAUUGCUUGAUUGGCCUAAAUAUCCUGGGGAAUCUUUGCCAUCCAAUUUUUAUGGAAAGAACCUUGUUGUUUUAAUAAUGCCUCAAAGUCACCUGAAGGAAUUGGAGGGAGUCCAGAAUUUCCAAAACACAACAAUUAUGAAUUUCUCUCGUUGUGAAUUCCUAAGAAAAAUUCCUAAUGUUUCAAGGAUCCCAAACUUAGAGAAAUUGGCUCUAGAUGGUUGCAAAAAUUUAGUUGAGGUUCAUCAUUCUGUUGGAUUUCUUGAUAAGCUCAUUAGUUUGAGUAUUUGCAAAUGCUCUAAUCUUAUGAGUUUUCCGAAAAGUCUCAAGAUGAGAUAUCUUGAAAAUCUUUGGCUUCCGGGUUGCUCAAGGCUUAAGAACUUUCCAGAAAUUGAGUGUCAAAUGGAAUGUUUAAAGGAAAUUGACUUUAGCGAAACUGGUAUAGAGGAAUUGCCUUCAUCCAUUGGGUACCUCGUUGGGGUUAAAUCCUUAAAUCUAAAUGGUUGCACAAACCUUAUGAAUCUUCCGGAUAGCAUUCAUAAGUUGCAACAUUUAGAAAAACUAAGCAUGCAGGACCUGAAUAAGAUUAUAUUACCAUGUCUAGGCGGUCAAACAAACUUUAUGAAUCUUCCACAUAGUUGUUGUCUUUGUCUUGACGUCUGUUCAAAAGUUGUUGAGUUUCUAGAAACAUUGGAGGAUACGAGACAAUCCAUGCCCAAUGUUCCAUCUGUAGAGGAAUCUGCAAUUUCAUCAAUGGCCGAACUACUUCAAUUGUCGCCUCCGACGAAUACAAGCGAUUUUGCUGAUGCUUGUUCCUCGAAAGUAUUUCCAAAACUUCAACAAGCAUUCCUCUCAGAAUCAAUUUUCUUUUGGACCUUUGGGUGUUGCUCCACAUUGACGGAAUUAGAUCUAUCAAGGAGUUAUAUCGUUGCCCUUCCUCCAUGCAUAAGAGGAUUUGUUAGAUUGAAGUUCCUUUUUUUGAUGGAAUGCAAGCAACUUCGAGAAAUUCUAGGACUUCCACCAAACUUAAUUUUUAUGAGUGCUAAUAGGUGUGUGUCAUUGGCAAUAUUUUUAGAAGAAGGUAGAAGAUUUCCAAACUUAAUUCUUGGAAACCAUGUUCCAUUAGAAUCAGAUUUAUUGAUUCAACAUGAUUGCCCUUCUAGAUUUGAAUUGCUAGAUCUAUCAGGUAGCGCUAUUGUUAGCCUUCCUAUGUGGCUCAACAAAUUUGCUGGACUGAAGAGACUUUUUUUGGCCGGUUGCAAGCAACUUAGAGAAAUUCCAAAACUUCCACCAACACUUGAAUGGAUUGACUUCUCUGACUGCCCUGGAUUGCAAGAAAAUAUGGGGGUUGAUAUGCAAAUUCGUUUAUUGAUUGAGGGACAUUCAAAGGACCAUCAAUUUGGCUGUCUAUUUACAGGGAAUAAGAUUCCAGAUUACUUCAACCAUUGUAAAGAGGUUUCAAAUGCUAAUUCGUGUGAAAUAUAUAUCAAUGAGCCUGUACAUUUGGAUUCGGAGAAUACAAGAUUUGCUUUCUCUGCUGUUUUGGGAACAGAGGAUGUACAAAGGGUUACUUUGGGAAUUCUUGUUGAAGUCAUCAAUAAUGGUCAACACAUCUAUUCUCAUAGUUAUUGCAUACAUAAAUCACCCGGCUCAAAUCAUGUGUGGUUGAAUUUCCAUGGGUCACAUCGAUCUCAGCUAAAGACGGAUAAUCUUCAAGUUAAAUUUACAUGCAAGGAUUCAUAUGGCAGACCUUCAAAAUCAAUGUUCUUUAAAAGUUGUGGAUUCCAUCUAGAACAUAGAUAUGAAGAGAAAGCGAUAGAUUUAAUUGAUGAUAUUCAACUUUCUGAGAUGUUGUGA